UUUCACGUGAAGGUGAAGCCCCGCACCCGUAGACCCCACCAGUACAUGCAGGUACCCGAUAACACGCGCUACUCAUUGCUUGGCAGUCGUACCGUGAUUCACCUGGGCGGGCGCUUCCCUCUAUUCUCACUUCACACAAACUCUUCCCACUGACAACACAAGCUCGUAGAUAUAUCACCUAUACCUGUACUUCGCCCUUUACAGUCAGCCAUCCGGUACUAACCUUGACAGCAAUAACCCAGAAAUGGACGAGGAGUAUCCGCUCAUGGCCUGUGUAGAAGCGCAAAUGCGGGGUGUCACCAUGAGCGCAUCACACAGUCGCUUUCUUAACCUCCCGGGUGAACUUCGCAACAAAAUCUACGGCUUCUGCGUCGAUGCAGACCCCGUUCCACUGCGUCUCCGUCACGAUGAUCCGAUCAAACCGGUAGGAGGAUGGCGCUGCUUUACACAGACGUGUCGGCAAAUCCGAAAAGAGUUCCAUAUCAUCUACAUGACCCAUACAACGUUUCGCCUAGAAUCCACUUACCACUACGCCCGAUACAUUCGCGAUUUUUAUUCACCAAGGGAUGAGGUCACGAUGCUGCGCUACCGCGGACACAUCAUCAGUGUAGUUGGGCAUAGCCGCGAUGAGAAUAUGGGUGUGGACGAGUUCUACGAUGCAGACAUCGCCCGCGUAGUCUCGCUUGUCGCGCGCUCACCGAAGGUUCGCUUUACCUUCGAACUCCAGAAGGAUCUAAAGAAAUACUUCACGGCGGCAAAUGGCAUCGCACAGGUCAAUAGUAUGCUCUCGUUGUUCGCUGAUUCGUCCGACUCAAAGUGGCACGACAUGGCCAAGUCGAUCAAAGAGAUGAGACUCAGGGUUCGCACCAAUCACUGUCUACUUCGAAUUACCAUGGACCAAGACAUGGCUAGGAUGUGGAAGACUGCGGUUCAUGAGAUGUGGAACGAAGCAGCUCAGCCCACGCGUGGCAUACGUGAAUUGAGGCUCGCAUGGCCUGACCCGAACCCGCAGGAGCGUUCAUAUGGGUAUCGGCACAAGUUUUGGUUCAGUGACGAUGAGGAUAAGACUAAAAGUUGUAUUUGGCGAUCGUGAGUAGUAUGCAGAGGGGUAAGGGGAUGGAUGAUACUCACACGCUAGCUUUGGCUGAUAGCUGAGACAUGCGUCCAGGCAGCCUGGUGACGUCUUCGAAAUGUAUGGCAAGGUGCUCUGGAUUAUCACUCAGCAGUUCAUC